GACGGUAGUCUCACUCUUACCGUACCUGGAGGCCAACCAUAUUGCACGGAGGAUAGUCCCUGUGGAAGUGCUCAAAUCACGACUGCCGCCAAUGAUAUCAUGUACGGCAGUAUGCGUACAGUAGCAAAGACUCCCAAUGUCUGGGGCACCGUUAGCGGGUUCUUCUUCUACAGCGAUGACAACAACGAGUCCGACAUCGAGAUUCAGACUGGAGAUACCACACAUGUUCACUUCACGAACCAGGAUUGGUACGGCUCGAAUGCGCUAUCUAAUGCCAGUGCGGUGGCCGAUUCAUCUGCUGGUUACCACGAGUAUCGUGUCGACUGGGUCCCCGGAAGAACAGACUACUAUGUCGAUGGAAAGCUCUUGCAAACCUUUACCAAGUUUGUUCCUAGGACAGCUGGAGCCUGGAUGUGGAACUCGUGGACUAACAAUGGAAGCUGGACACUUGGACCUCCUGCUAAGGAUGCUGUAUUGCACAUUAAGUCGAUUGACGUGUAUUUCAAUCGCACAAGUAUCACCGGGUGUGGCAGC